AUGUUGCUCAAAGCGCCCUCGGAGAAGUCUAGUCAGAACUCCCGUGGCUCCAGUCAGAACUCUGGCUCCAGUCAGAACUCUGGCUCCAGUCAGAACUCCCGUGGCUCCAGUCAGAACUCUGGCUCCAGUCAGAACUCCCGUGGCUCCAGUCAGAACUCUGGCUCCAGUCAGAACUCCCGUGGCUCCAGUCAGAACUCUGGCUCCAGUCAGAACUCUGGUUCCAGUCAGAACUCCCGUGGCUCCAGUCAGAACUCUGGCUCCAGUCAGAACUCCCGUGGCUCCAGUCAGAACUCUGGCUCCAGUCAGAACUCCUGUGGCUCCAGUCAGAACUCCCGUGGCUCCAGUCAGAACUCCCGUGGCUCCAGUCAGAACUUUGGCUCCAGUCAGAACUCUGGCUGCAGUCAGAACUCCCGUGGCUCCAGUCAGAACUCCAGUGGCUCCAGUCAGAACUCCCGUGGCUCCAGUCAGAACUCUGGCUCCAGUCAGAACUCUGGCUCCAGUCAGAACUCCCGUGGCUCCAGUCAGAACUCUGGCUCCAGUCAGAACUCCCGUGGCUCCAGUCAGAACUCUGGCUCCAGUCAGAACUCCCGUGGCUCCAGUCAGAACUCCCGUGGCUCCAGUCAGAACUCCCGUGGCUCCAGUCAGAACUUUGGCUCCAGUCAGAACUCUGGCUGCAGUCAGAACUCCCGUGGCUCCAGUCAGAACUCCCGUGGCUCCAGUCAGAACUCCCGUGGCUCCAGUCAGAACUCUGGCUGCAGUCAGAACUCCCGUGGCUCCAGUCAGAACUCCCGUGGCUCCAGUCAGAACUCUGGCUCCAGUCAGAACUCCCGUGGCUCCAUGGUCAAGGCCAGCUGGUGA